GCCCGACGCGGGGCCAGAGCGGGGCUGGCGGCGGCAGCUUUCUCUGGCCUCGUUGCGUGAGCAGCGGGCCCGCUUCGCUCCCUCCGUCCUUCGCCCUUCGCCCUUCUUCGCCUCGUUUGGGCCUUGGCGGUCCCGGAGCCGGCCGUCAUGGUGCCGUCGGCGCGCCCUGCGCGACCCCGCUGAGCCUUGGUGCGGCGGCGAGCGCGGUUCGGGGUCACCAUGCCUACCCGAGUAUGUUGCUGCUGUUCUGCUUUGCGUCCUCGCUACAAACGCCUGGUGGACAACAUAUUCCCUGAAGAUCCAAAAGAUGGCCUUGUUAAAGCCGAUAUGGAGAAAUUGACAUUUUAUGCAGUAUCUGCUCCAGAGAAACUGGAUCGAAUUGGUUCUUAUCUGGCAGAAAGGUUGAGCAGGGAUGUUGUCAGACAUCGUUCUGGGUAUGUUUUAAUUGCUAUGGAGGCAUUGGACCAACUUCUUAUGGCUUGCCAUUCUCAAAGCAUCAAGCCAUUUGUAGAAAGCUUUCUUCAUAUGGUGGCAAAGCUUCUAGAAUCAGGGGAACCAAAGCUUCAAGUUCUUGGAACAAAUUCUUUUGUUAAAUUUGCAAAUAUUGAAGAAGAUACACCGUCCUAUCACAGACGUUAUGACUUUUUUGUAUCUCGAUUCAGUGCCAUGUGUCAUUCCUGUCAUAGUGAUCCAGAAAUACGAACGGAAAUCCGAAUUGCUGGAAUCAGGGGUAUUCAAGGUGUGGUUCGCAAAACAGUUAAUGAUGAACUUCGGGCUACCAUUUGGGAACCUCAGCAUAUGGAUAAGAUUGUUCCAUCCCUCCUGUUUAACAUGCAGAAGAUAGAAGAAGUUGACAGUCGAAUCGGCCCACCUUCUUCUCCUGCAGCUGACAAAGAAGAGAACCCUGCUGUGCUGGCUGAGAACUGUUUCAGGGAACUGCUCGGUCGGGCAACUUUUGGGAAUAUGAAUAAUGCUGUCAGACCAGUUUUUGCGCAUUUAGAUCAUCACAAACUGUGGGAUCCCAAUGAAUUUGCAGUUCACUGCUUUAAAAUUAUAAUGUAUUCUAUUCAGGCGCAGUAUUCUCAUCAUGUGAUCCAGGAGAUUCUAGGACACCUUGAUGCAUGUAAAAAAGAUUCUCCACGGGUUCGAGCAGGUAUUAUUCAGGUUCUGUUAGAGGCUGUUGCUAUUGCUGCUAAAGGUUCCAUAGGACCCACAGUGCUGGAAGUCUUCAAUACACUUCUGAAGCAUUUGCGUCUCAGUGUGGAAUUUGAAGCAAAUGAUUUACAGGGGAGUUCUAUAGGUAGUGCCAACUUAAACACGAGUUCUAAAGACAGUGAUGAGAAGAUUGUGCAGAAUGCUAUCAUCCAAACAAUAGGAUUUUUUGGAAGUAACCUACCAGAUUAUCAAAGGUCAGAAAUCAUGAUGUUUAUUAUGGGGAAAGUACCUGUUUUUGGAACAACUACCCAUACUUUGGAUAUCAGUCAACUAGGGGAUUUGGGAACCAGGCGGAUUCAGAUAAUGUUGCUGCGAUCUUUACUUAUGGUAACCUCUGGAUACAAAGCAAAGACAAUUGUUACUGCACUGCCAGGAUCUUUUCUGGAUCCUUUGUUAUCACCAUCUCUCAUGGAAGACUAUGAGCUGAGACAGUUAGUCUUGGAAGUAAUGCAUAAUCUCGUGGAUCGCCAUGACAAUAGGGCAAAGCUUCGAGGGAUCAGAAUAAUACCAGAUGUAGCAGACCUAAAGAUAAAAAGAGAAAAAAUUUGUAGACAAGACACAAGUUUCAUGAAAAAGAAUGGGCAGCAGUUAUAUCGGCACAUAUAUUUGGGCUGUAAAGAGGAAGACAAUGUUCAGAAAAACUAUGAGCUACUUUAUACUUCUCUUGCUCUUAUAACUAUUGAACUGGCCAAUGAAGAAGUGGUUAUUGAUCUUAUUCGAUUGGCCAUUGCUUUACAGGACAGCGCAAUUAUCAAUGAGGAUAAUUUGUCAAUGUUCCAUCGUUGUGGAAUCAUGGCACUGGUUGCAGCAUACCUCAACUUUGUAAGUCAGAUGAUAGCUGUCCCUGCAUUUUGCCAGCAUGUUAGCAAGGUUAUUGAAAUUCGAACUAUGGAAGCCCCUUAUUUUCUACCAGAGCAUAUUUUCAGAGAUAAGUGCAUGCUUCCAAAAUCUUUAGAGAAACAUGACAAAAAUUUGUACUUUCUGACCAACAAAAUUGCAGAGUCACUGGGUGGAAGUGGAUAUAGUGUUGAGAGAUUGUCCGUACCCUAUGUACCACAAGUGACAGAUGAAGAUAGGCUUUCUAGAAGAAAAAGUAUUGUGGACACUGUAUCCAUUCAGGUGGAUAUUUUACCCAACAGCAUUCCUUCUGAUGAUGUGGUUAGUAACACUGAAGAAAUCACCUUUGAAGCAUUGAAGAAAGCAAUUGAUACCAAUGGAAUGGAAGAACAGGAAAAGGAAAAGAGGCGUCUUGUGAUAGAGAAAUUCCAGAAAGCACCUUUUGAAGAAAUAGCAGCACAGUGCGAAUCCAAAGCGAAUUUGCUUCAUGAUAGACUUGCUCAAAUACUGGAACUCACUAUUCGUCCUCCUCCCAGUCCAUCAGGAACACUGACUGUUACUUCUGGGCAUGCCCAAUACCAAUCUGUCCCAGUCUAUGAGAUGAAGUUUCCAGAUCUAUGUGUGUACUGAGGUUCUCAUGAAGACCGCAGCAUAGGAUUUUAAGGCCUAAACAUUAAGUCCAAGCUAAGUUUUCAGGGUUUACUUCACGCAUAUUAACAUACUUCUUGAAAAUAAUGAUGGAACUUAUCUUUAACCAAAUGCUUGGCAUACCAUAUUAGAAGGUUUGGAGCUAUAUGUGAUUUAGGGUACUUUGGAAGAUAGAUUUAUGCCAUAUUAAUUUGUUAUGAGGUUCCUGGUGGCUUUUAAAAUUGAAUGUGUAUUGGUCUCACAUUAUUCCUUUGUUGAAUAGUAUAUUUUAAACUUUUCAUAAACAUGUACUUUUUUAAAAAAGUAAGCCUUCAGAGGGUUGAAAAUAUAUAACGUGUCUGCUGUAUUUUUUAAACGUCUACACAGCUGCUUACAAAUAGAACUGCUUUUGUCUUUGGUUAUCUGCAAAAGCAAAUACAUACAAAUAUAUUCCUAAUCCUGCGGCUGCAAAACUGUUUUGUGGCUUUUCAUCCCCAUGCUUUAGAUAAGUUGUGAUAAGCAUCCCUCUACUUGUUUACUGUAAUAAUAUGUGAUGAGCAUUCCUCAACUUGUUUAUGGUAAUAAGACAUCUAUUGAAUAGUAUUCCUAGAAUAUGACCCUAAAAAUUGCCAUACUUUAAAGCGUCUAGUUCUUGUAAUACUCUGUUUUCUGCUGAGAGAUUGACCAUUCUACUAGAGAGGCUUAGAGCUUACUCUCGGAGUACCGAACUGUGCAAUAUUUUUUACAUCAUACGAUGUAUUAGUUUACAGGCUAUGCUUUGAAAUUAUAGUAGUAUUUUGCUGUGGCUCCAUUAAUUAAAUGAAAUAUAUAUUUAGUAUAGAAAAAAAUACAUUUAAAACAGCUACUGGUUCACCUGUGAGGAGUUUGUACAUUUCUGUUUCUAUUAAAAGCACAUUACUUUACAUUUUUAUGUUGUGCAUUGUUUUAAAUCUUCACAGUCAAAGAACUCCCCAAACGGACUUUGAAUUUGUAAGAUUUGAACCAUAACUUUUAUGCAUCUCUGUUUAAGAUUAGUUAUAUUACAUUUGAAAAGAGUGCCUAUCUUUUAGAAAUCAAGUGUGCUAAGGCUUUUCAAUUUAAGUUUCUUUUAAAGUCAGCUACCAGACUCACAGGUGCACUUUCACAUGCAUUCACAGACCCGUAAAAUUAUGUACAUUUUAGUGAAUUCUAUCACAUUGUAAAAAUAAACAACUUUCUUUGCAAUUCUUAUAAAAUUCUCUUAGGACGUUUUAUAAAAUCACCUGUUUAUAGUUCCACUACCUUUUCAGAUUCAGUUACAUAAAACAAUACACAUAUCAAAAACUAUAGCUCAAAAAAUUUUUCUUUUUUGUUUGAAAAAUUGCAGUGAAGAAUAGGAUGUUUUAACUUUGUGUUUAUGGUUAUUUGGGCACCUUUAGUAGAAACAGAAAAAAGUAAGGAAAUGAUAAUAGAACAAGCAUACUCAAAAAUUUUUGAAUAUUUAAGCCAAAGUGCAACAUCUUGAAAAAGAGUCUAUUCAUUUAAACCUAUAAAAUGACCCCAAAAUAUCCUGGGCUGUUUAUUAGAUGUAAACCACAAGAUCUUGCUUUCAGAGUGACCACUGGAAGACUAAAUGGCCCUAUUGCAGCUGUCACUGUAACUUUGCCUCUUGAUUGGGUAAAAUGCGUCACUUGUUAAUAAGCCAAGUUUUAUGUUUUUUUUAUUUUCCUUUUUUCCUUCUGUAUUUUUAAAAAAGAAUAUUAAUUUUUAUUGUGCAUUUUUAAAAAUCUAAGCAGGGGGACAUGCAAAAACAAUCAUCAUCCACUUGGAUGUCAUUUUAUAGAUUAACACUGUGUGCUUUUGUAUGGAAAAAUAUAUAUAAUAGUAUAGGAAAAGAAUAUAUAUGUUCAUUUGCACUCAUUCAAAACAAACUUUGCUUUACAAAAUUUCAUGUUUCUCAGUGAUUAAAAAAUGCAUGUAUUGCAUGUAAAGGAAAACCAUUGCAAUUAAUGUUUAUCACACAUUUCUCUUGGACAUUUUAUACUGUUGAUUUUUGUUUUAUUGUGAUUUUGUUGUUCUUAAUUCACAGUAGACUUCUGUAUAUCCUGGAUUACUGAACUGGUCUUAUUGACAAGGAUUCCCAAGAAAUGGAUCUUUUCUCUGACCCGUCCAUGUCUGCAGGGGAUUCUGUAGGGACUGGGUGUGCAUACUGUGUUGUAGCCAGUUCAGAUAUUGAAAAUUUAGGAUUUGUUGAAGUUUACUGUAUUGCUAUAUUUUUGUAGAUAUAUAAAACUCUUAAUAAAUUGUUAAUCAUU